AUGACAUCUAAUGUGCAGUCUCUUAACAUUGCGGAAAGUGCUGUGCCAGGGGGGAAAUUUGGAUUUAUUGGGGCAUCGGAUCUCGAUGUUGGGAAAAAUGAUAUUAGUACGUACAAGCUCAGUCCAAAUGAUUACUUUUCUAUAGAGGUUCACAAAGGAGGAGACAGUGUUUCAGCCGAGCUUGUGCUUCAGAAAGCGUUAGACCGAGAAAAACAACCAACAGUAAAACUUACAGUGACUGCUGUCGAUGGAGGAAACCCACCCAAGUCAGGGACCUCACAAAUUGUUAUUAAUGUUUUGGAUAAUAAUGACAACGCUCCGGUUUUCAGUAGUUCUUUAUACAAGGCUCAUAUAUCUGAGAACCUAGCAGUGGGUAGCACAGUAAUAAUUUUGAAUGCAACAGACGCAGACGAUGGGAUAAAUGCUGAAAUAGAAUAUUCAUUGAGAAGUAAAGGUCAGGAUCAGGUUUUAAAUCAAUUUCAAAUUGACUCAAAAACGGGUGCAAUUUUGGUAAAAGGUAAAAUAGAUUAUGAAGACAAUCCUGCGUUUGAGAUUCAUGCUCAGGCUAGUGACAAAGGCUAUCCUCCAAUGUCCGCUCAUUGUAAAGUGCUGGUAGAAGUGCUGGACCUGAACGACAACGCUCCUGAGAUUACUGUGACGUCACUACUAAACACAGUGAAGGAGGACGCACAAGUAGGUACAGCUAUUGCACUUGUCUCGGUGCUGGACAAAGAUGGAGGGAAAAACGGGGCAGUCAAGGCUGUCAUUGCAAAUGAGACCCCGUUUAAAUUGGACACCAAUUAUAAAAAUUAUUAUUCCUUAGUAGUUGAUGGUCCGCUCGACAGAGAAACUAUGGCAGAAUACAAUGUCACGAUAGUAGCGACAGAUGAAGGGACUCCACCUCUCUCCAGUACCAGCAUAGUUAAUGUUCAUGUUUCUGAUGUCAAUGACAACCCGCCUCGUUUCUCAGAGCAACUACUUAAUGUUUAUGUGAAAGAGAAUAGUCUAGUGGGCGCAGUCAUUAAAACUGUGACUGCUGUUGAUGCUGAUAUCGAUACAAAUGGUCAGGUCAGCUAUUCGUUUUUACAAAGUAGCACUGAUUCA